AUGAAAGAAGUCAUUGUUCAUCCAACACCUGAGCUCUGGAUCGAAAUCCACGAAGUUCCGAUCCCAGAGCUAGGCCCUAAGGAAAUCGUGAUAAAGGUCAUUGUAGCAGGAUCAAAUGUGAAAGACUGGCUGCAUUUAACAGCUCUCAAUAUCUCGCUCAACAGCGGCGAUGACAUUGCCGGAACUGUCCACGCGCUGGGUUCAGAGGUCACCAAGACCAGAGAGUUUGCUGUUGGAGACCGUGUUGCUGCUUUCCAUCCUAUGAUGAGUCCCCAUGGCGCUUUUGCUGAGUACGCUGUUGCGCCGUAUCAUACGGUGUUCAAGAUUCCGGAUGAAACGAGCUUUGAGGAAGCGGCGACCAUUCCUCUCGUGAUUACUACCGCAGGCAUAACCCUCUUCCGCCGUCAAGGCCUCCCACCACCUUGGUCCCCACGAUCUUCGGAGAGUCCUCCUCUACCGCUGAUAAUCUACGGCGCAUCUGGCGCUCUUGGAACCUUUGCAGUCAAGCUUGCUCGUGCUUCAAACAUCCACCCUAUCAUUGCCAUCGCAGGUUCAAGCUCCUGGCACCUUGGUCCAUUACUAGACAAUUCCAAAGGCGACGCACUAGUUGACUACCGCGUAGGAGCUGAAGACAUGAAGAGACUGGUGAAGGAAAAAUUAAAUGGCCUGGAAUGCCACCACGCUUUUGAUACCAUUUCCGGAGAUGGAACUUGGAUACCAGUCUCUAAGAUGCUAUUGCCUUCCACGGACGCAGAAAAAUCAUUUCUAUCCGUCGUCUCGGGUGCCAACAGGUACGAUGAUGAAGGUAUACCAGAAAGUGUUAAAGUGGUCUACACAUAUGUCGGAACCGCACAUUCGGGAGCAUAUCGUCCUGGAAUGGUCAAGCAACCGACGGAUAUAGAAUUUGUGAAGACUGAUCCAGAGUGGACUUACGUGUUCUUUCGAUAUGUCGCUAGGAUGUUAGCAGAUAGAAGGCUGACUGGCCAUCCUUUCGAGGUUGUGGACGGGGGUUUGCAAGGGGUGGGAGAGGGGCUGAAGAUGUUAAAAGCAGGUAAGGCGAAGGGUUUCAAGUAUAUUUUCAAAGUUGCCACUUAA